AAAACUUAGAAUCAAUUAAAUAUAAUGUUAAUUAUGUUGCACAAAGGUGAGAAAAUAUAUUUAUAAUAUAAUAUUUAUUAAUGGACUCGGAUGGAUCUAAAUCCAUAUUCUAUUGUUAUUCGAUCGGGUUGCGUAAAUUUUACUUAACUUGAAGUGAAAUACCGCUAUUACUAUAUAAUAAGGAUAUAACAAUUUUGGACUAAAUUAUAUUAACUCGUUUGACUUAUUUAUUUUAAAACUCCGUUAAAACAAUAAAUUCACAAAUUAUUUUAAUUUUUUUAUUUGAACUUCAAUAAAAAAAUCUAAAACAUAAAUCAUGAAAGCAGAUAUGAUAUCAAAUUUAAAAAGGUGUAUGAUCACAAUUAAUUCGAAACGAGGAGUAUGCAAUGGAAAUGAGGAAGGACAGAGUCACAGAAUUAAGCAAGAGUUGGCAGAUCAAAUAUAUGAGCACACGGCCGAAAUAAUUUGUCAUGCUGAAGUUUCCAACUCAGGAAAAGUCCAGAAAAGCUAAGACAUAUCAACUCUUCUUUUUGCAUGACCGAAAACAGGUGGGACAAUGUCAAACUUGUAAUUUAUUCAUAUGAUAAGGCCAAACCAUUCUAGUAUUUGACCUUCAGACAAAUAUACUUCAACUACUACACCACAUAGUAUUCUUCCCUGUUGUGAUCUCUUGUGCAUAGUUCUGUAGAUGAAGAUGAAGAUACAAGCAUGUAUUUUACUUGUGUCCCUCUGUUUACAAUCAAUCUCAGCCAUUGAUUUCUUGAUCAAUGGCUUCAAUUCCACCAACAUAUCAGUGUAUGGAAAUGCAACAGUUGAGUCAAAAAUACUCACUUUAACAAAAGGCUUCAGACAAUCAAUUGGGCGUGGGCUAUACCCAUCAAGAAUUGUCACAAAAAAUACAACUUCAUCAAAGGUACUUCCUUUUUCAACUAGUUUUAUUUUUGCUAUGGCUCCUUUCAAGAAUUCACUACCUGGGCAUGGCUUUGUUUUCUUGUUUGUACCUUUUAGUGGUAUUCAGGGUGCUAGUGCUUCUCAACAUAUGGGGUUUUUGAAUAGGACUUAUAAUGAUGGGGACCCGGGAAACCAUAUUUUUGGGAUUGAGUUUGAUGUGUUUAAAAAUCAGGAGUUUAGUGAUAUUGAUGAUAAUCAUGUUGGGAUUGAUGUGAGUUCACUUACUUCUGCAUAUUCAGAGUCUGCUGGUUAUUGGAGUAAUGAUGAUCAGGAUGAGUUUAAGAGAUUUCGGCUUAAUGAUGGUAGGGAUUAUCAAGUUUGGAUUGAUUAUGAAGAUGGUAUCUUGAAUGUUACUGUUGCGCCUGUUGGGGUGAUUAGGCCUAGGAAGCCAUUGAUAAGUUAUGCGUAUGAUUUGUCGCGAGUUUUUGUGGAUGAGAUGUAUGUUGGUUUUACGGCUUCUACUGGUAUUUUGGUUCAGAGUCAUAAGAUUUUGAGUUGGAGUUUCAGUAAUUCGAAUUUUUCGUUGUGGAAAGAAUUGGUUACAGAGGGCUUGCCGUCUUUUGAAUUGCCUAAAGAGCCUAUUUGGAAGUCAAAAAGGUUUAUUGUGGGGAUCACGUUGGGGGUUUUGUUUGUUGUUGGUGUCUGUUAUGUGGUUGGUGCGAGGUUGACUGAAAGGCGUAGGCAGAUGUUGAAGGAGAGGGCGGAAAUGGAAGAUUGGGAAUUGGAGUAUUGGCCACAUAGAAUUCCUUACCAGGAAAUUGAUGCAGCGACAAAAGGGUUUUCGGAUGAAAAUGUGAUUGGUAUUGGAGGAAAUGGGAAGGUUUAUAAAGGGGUUUUGGCAGGAGGGGUAGAGGUUGCUGUGAAGCGCAUUUCUCAUGCAAACGGUGAUGGAGUUAAAGAAUUUUUGGCUGAGGUAUCAAGUCUCGGAAGGCUAAAGCACAAAACUUUAGUGGCUUUGAGGGGAUGGUGUAGAAAAGAAAGAGGGAGCUUGAUCUUGGUGUAUGAUUACAUGGAAAAUGGUAGUUUGGACAAGAGGGUGUUUGAAUGCGCAGAGAAUGAAAUGUUAAGCUGUGAAAACAGAAUUAGAGUUCUAAAAGACGUGGCUUCCGGGGUAUUAUACUUGCAUGAGGGAUGGGAGAAAACUGUCCUGCAUAGGGACAUUAAGGCCAGCAAUGUGCUGCUUGAUAAAGAUAUGAAUGGAAGGUUGGGGGAUUUUGGAUUAGCACGAAUUCAUGGUAAUGGCCAAGUAGCUAGCACAACUCGUGUGGUUGGCACCGUAGGCUACUUGCCACCAGAAGUAAUCAAGAAUGGCCGCGUAUCAACACUAUCUGAUGUCUUUGGUUUUGGAGUCUUGAUCUUAGAAGUGAUGUGUGGAAGGAGACCAUUAGAGGAAGGGAAACCUCCUUUGGUCGAAUGGGUUUGGAAGCUAAUGGAGAAAGGAGAAUUGCUCAAUGCGCUUGAUCCACGACUAAGGGCCAGAGGUGGUUAUGAUGCAGACGAAGUUGAACUGGUGCUGAAUUUAGGAUUAUUAUGUGUUUAUCCUGAUGUGCAGGGUCGACCAAAAAUGCGGAAAGUCGUACAGGUUUUAGAAGGGCAGAAUGAGAUCGAAGAAGCCGAAGGAGAGGAGAUGAACAUGUAUUUGCUCAAGAAUUUUAAAGCCAAGGACUUCUGGUCUAACUAUUCUCAAAGUCUUAGUGAUGAAUCACAUUCACAAAGCCACCCUACUCUUGAUCAGGUGAGAGACGGAAUAUCUUGGUCUGCGGUUUCACUCUCUUGGUCUGAUUUCAUAAAAGAGGGCAGGUGAAGAACUUGAGCAUAUGCAUGUAUUAGUGUUGGUUAGAAAGCAAACUAUUUUAUCCUACAAAGCCCAAUGAUCUGUGUUAAUUGCACUAGUGUGAUCGGUCAUUUGGAGUUUGUAGGCUAAAAAAGUAUGCAAGGGAAAGUAUGGUUUACUGGUUACUGUUGUUUGUUGUGAAUUUGAGAUAGUUUGAUGUG